AUGGGAGUUUGUACUUCUUCAUCUGCAAAGAAUGAUUAGAAAUAAAUGAAAACUCAACCAGAAACCAAACCAGAUCAAUAAAUUUCAUUGGUUCCGAGGUCGAAUAAAAGUACAAUCUAAUGGCAAGAUCGUAAUUUGAAGAACAAGGCCAUAAUUCCACAAAAAAACCUAUCUACUAAUCAAACAACAACUCCGGUACAAAUUAAUUCAACAAAAAAUGGUACAAUGAGCAUAAGAAGAGCUUCUCAUGCUACCACUAUUACUACAAAAACUAUGAUCGUUUAAUCUUCUUAGUUAUAUGAGUAACCAUUAGCAUAGGGAUCAUCACCAUUUAGUAUUCAAAAUAAAAGAAACAACAUAAAACAAGGAACUAAGAGUCUUCAAGUGACUGCCUCCAAAAACUAUUCAAUCGUAUCAAGCAAAAUUCUAGCAGAAAAUUUAGGCAAAACGGUAAUGCAACAUAAUGAAACAGGCCAAUAGGUUUAGGUAGAGGUACUUAAGUUUGAUCAUAAGAAUCAAUAAUACAUCGAUAAAUUGGAGGAGAUCAAAUUGGUAAGCAUAACUAUAACAUAGGAUAAUAUACACAUUGUAAAAAUUAUUGACAUUCUUGUUGAUCACCAGAAAAAGACUUAUUAGGUAAUGUACGAAUGUUGUCCAGGAGGUUCUUUGUCUAAUUACGUAGAGAAUCGCAAGUAUGAUGACCAAUAAAUCGGGAUCAUAUUUUAUUAGAUGAUAGAGGCAUUAGGAUAUAUACAUUCUCUAGGGUUAAGUCAUGAUGAAUUGACAAUCCACAGUUUCUCUGUCUUUGAUGAUUCCUCUACACCCUUUAUCAAGUUAUCCGAUGUUCGAAGCAUCUAUCAAUUAAUGUAUCUAAAAGAAGCUCAAUAUUAUGAAGAUCCAAUAUCUUCAAAGCAUUAGCAUCCCAGACAUUCUCAUAAACAUUUUGAUAAGCAUCCAGAUAAACAUAUAGAUCACAUUCCUAUUGAAGUUAAGAGUAGGAAUAAAUGCAAUGAUGUGUGGGCAUUGGCUGUCAUCAUUCUCUAACUAAGAAACAAAGAUAUGCCAUAUACUAUUUAAGAUAUUCAAUCAUUCAAACCAGAGGAAUAUUUAAAUAACUACCCUUCUGAAAUGAAUACACUCUUGCUUGAAAUGCUAAACCUCAAUAGGCAUGAUAGAAUCACUCUAAAGCAAUGUUUGGAACACCCAUUCCUCGUGAAGAUGAAAUAGGUCCAACCAUAAGAUUUGUUGCAACCCUUAAAGAAUAUGAUUAAGUGCAAGAAUAUGACUUAUUUACACAGAUGUGUGUUUUGGUACCUUCUUCAAAACUAUGCAAAUGAUCAUUUGAAAAUUUUGACUAAGUUAUUUAAAACAGCUGACGUUGAUUCAGAUGGUAGUUUGAGUUUAGAAGAAUUAAAAGAGCUAUUCUCAAUUGAAGGGAAGGAUUUGAUUGAUCAACUAAAUCUCUAAUAGGAACUCACUUUAGAUGAUUUUCUACUUCUUGCUUCCAACAAAGAUAUCAUCUUAACUUAAGACAUUCUGAAAUCUAGUUUCAAAAUUCUAUCUAGACAAUCGAAUCUAAUCACUCUGAAAUCAUUAUUAAGAGUCAUAGAUAAUUUCAAUGAAUUAUAAGUUCAAUAAGAGUUUAAAUCAUUCAAUCUCAAUGAUGGUCUAAAUCUAUAAGAGUACACAGAAUUUAUAAUUAACUAUGAAACUCCAAAUCCAAUGAUUUGA